AUAAUCAAGUAGCUGCCUAUGUUGCUACUAUGAAAAAAAAAGAUGGCACUAAAUAUAAAGCUUUAUCUGUACGUCAAUCUGUUGAUGGUAUCAAUUGCUAUUUAAUAGAAUAUUCAAUUAUUCGUGAUAUUAAUUUACAUAAUCGUCAUCAAUUUCCAAAUUUAUUAAAAGUUCUUAAUAGAAAAAUGAAAGAAUUACAAGAUAAAGGGCUUGGCAAAAUAAAAGGAUCUGCAGCUUUAACUUAA